CGCGCGAAAAAACCCCCCCCCCAAACGUAACCGGGGCUGUGCACCUCACAACCAACCAAAACAUCCUCUCACCUCUUCCAGACAAAAGGCAUUUGCUAUUUAUAUCUCUCGCUCUCUCUCUCUGUGUGUGUGUGUGUGUUUGUGUGUGUAUAUAUAUAUUUGUGUGUGUGUGUGUGGUAGUGGUGGUGGUGUUGUUGGGUUCGCCCUCUCGGCUAUGCAUAUCCUGGUGGAGUUCUUCGUCGUGACUUUCCGGGUGCUGUGGGCUUUCGUGCAGUCCGCGGCCAGAUGGUUCAUCAAGCCCCGGGAGAAGAGCGUGUGCGAUCAGGUGUGCCUGAUCACGGGCGCCGGCGGCGGGCUGGGCAGGCUCUUCGCCCUGGAGUUCGCCCAGAAGAAAGCCACCCUGGUGCUGUGGGACAUCAACCAGCAGAGCAACGAGGAGACGGCCGAGAAGGUGCGGCAGUUGGGCGCUCGAGUGUACACUUACACUUGCGACGUGAGCAAACGGGACUGCGUGUACCGCACGGCCGAGCUGGUGAGGAGGGAGGCGGGAGGGGUGGCCGUGCUGGUCAACAACGCAGGUGUCGUGUCCGGCCAUCACCUGCUGGAGUGUCCGGACGAGCUCAUCGAGAGGACCAUGAUGGUCAACUGUCACGCUCACUUUUGGACGACCAAGGCUUUUCUUCCCAAGAUGCUGGAGAUGAACCAUGGACAUAUUGUGACUGUGGCCAGCUCCCUAGGGUUGUUCAGCACUGCUGGUGUCGAGGAUUACUGUGCAAGUAAAUUUGGGGCAAUAGGAUUUCACGAAUCUUUAAGUCACGAGCUGAAGGCAUCGGAGAAAGAUGGGAUCAAGAUGACCCUGGUCUGUCCAUACCUAGUGGACACUGGCAUGUUUCGCGGCUGUAGAAUAAGGAAAGAAUUUGAACCCUUCCUUCCGCCUUUGAAACCAGAGUACUGUGUGAAAGAAGCAAUGAGAGCUAUCCUUACAGACCAGCCAAUGAUUUGUACACCUCGAGUAAUGUACACUGUAACGCUUAUGAAGAGCAUUAUGCCAUGGGAAGCUGUUGUAUGCAUGUACCGUUUUUUGGGAGCAGACAAGUGCAUGUAUCCAUUCAUUGCUGAAAGAAAACAGGCUUCGAACAACAAUGAAACCAAAAAUGAAAUCUAAAGAAGACUCUUCACUACAUCCAGCACUGGGACACCUCAGAUACAAGUGGAUGCAAUAUUUUACUUCACAACAAAUCCAUCCAUACAAAUCAGAAUGAGUUUUUUUGCAGUCUCCAGGCUGCAUUGAGUGGUGCUCUCUCAAAAUGGCUGUGAAGACUUUUUCCAUGAUCACUAUGGAAGAAACUAAUAAUGUACUUGUGUAAUGAACGAGUUGCAAGAAGUUAAAUGUAUUAUGCCAACUUUUUUGUAUAAUUUUCUAGUGGUUAGACUGGUUAAAUUUAGUGUCAAUUAAGCAAAGCAAGAUUUGAAAUGUUAAUAUCAUACAGCUGUCAGCAUUGUCAUUCUUGUGUUUGUGGUUAGAGGUAUACUGUACAUGAUGUUCAACUAGAGAAAUAGGUAAAUGCAGUACUUCACAAAUUCCAGUUUUUGAAUAGAAAAUGCACUGUAAUUGACCAUUUCUUCAUCUAAUCAACCCUGAAGAACCUCUGUACCUUUUUAUGAACGUGCCACUGUAGCAUAAUUUUAAACACUUUUCACUUUACUGCAAAAUUUUCUGAAUGGAGAUUGGUUUAAUCUAUCAGAACAGGUGGAGCACCUGUUGCAGUAGUUUUUAAAGGAGAAUCUCAUUGGUGUGCCUUUGCAUAAGUGAAAUAUUUUUCUUUUUUUCUGUGUUAGUGGUCCAUUUUUAAAAGCCUGAAAUUUCUACCUCUUUGUAUAUCUAUUUGUAUAACUCUAAUGUUUUUAAACGUCAGAAGAAGCUAUAAAAGUAAUGUAUGUGCAUAUACCAACAUCCUAGAUCACUUUCUUUAUAUAAAAGACCGGUAUUUGUGGUCCUGAAAAAUGAACUGUGUUUUAGUAACCUAACUGUAAAGAAAAGUUUAAUUAAAAAUGUGAUUUUUAGAUGCAAA